AUGGAAAAGGUCAGUAAAGGCAAUCGUUAUUAUCCAUCUUAUGGAGUGAGCUCUGAUUGCGAAGAAGAAGUCAACGCUCAGGUCUACCAACAUACUUACCAGCAGCCGGGAGUUUUCUCUGGUACUCCAACGUCUGACGCCAGUGACGCAACUCUGACAGAUUCCGAACUUGCCCUUGCUAGAGAUUCUACCCUGCUUGUACACAACGGGAUCUUUAUUGAGACCUUCGAUGAGACCCAAAAAGGCUCGAAUGAACAAAUCGAAAUUAAAAGAAAUGAUGAAUCUUUUUUCGAUAUUCACUUAUCAAUAUACCACAAUCCCAUUGUAUACCUUAACUGGGUUCCUGAAGAUCAAACUAUAUAUCAACAUUACUACAUCCACGUUCUUGCUGCAAGCGAAAGCGGUGCGUAUCCUGAAGGAUCUGGCCGUAGAAGAGGUCCUGAACUGUUGAGGUCUGAGACAAUAGAAGAUUCGCAUGAAGACUUGUAG